AUGUCGGCUCCCAAUAGGUCCAAGCCCAAAGGUCACUCUACAGUCACUCAGACUUACCUUUUAGCCUACAAUGCCCUGUGCGCGACACUAUGGCUCCGGGUCUUGUCUGGGGUGAUCUCUACGUUGGUCUCGUCCGGCAGUAGCUCUGAUAUCUAUAAAUCUCUUGAGCCGUGGACCCGCUUCGCACAAACUUUGGCCGCGGCAGAAGUUCUUCAUGCAGCAUUUGGCAUCACCCGUUCCCCUGUCUUCACUACUUUUACUCAAUCCUUUGCUCGAACUGUCCAAGUCUGGGCUGUGAACUAUGCGUUUGCAGAAACAACCUCAUCGUCUUAUGCCUAUCCGGCAAUGAUUCUUGCAUGGUCCACUGCCGAUGUGAUUCGGUACACCUACUUUAUUGUGAUUCUCGCUGGACAAUCCAACGUCGGUCUCUUGAGGUGGCUUCGGUACUCACUCUUUGUUGUUUUGUAUCCGGUCGGAAUCAGUAGUGAAUGGUGGUUGAUGUACAAAUCCAUCUCAAUCACCAACAGCAACGCGCUCGCUGCUUUGUACUGUUUCUUCCUCGCACUUUAUGGGCCCGCUGCCCAGCCUCUGAAUCUUGAAGAGAUGAACAAGAACGACGUCACUUGGCAGAGGCGGACCUUGACGCUGUUGGCCGUUCUGCCACUCGUCGCCGCUAUUCCCGCUCCGACCGGCGAUGCCUCUAAUGUGAAUGCCCUGCAACCUCCCCAGCCCGUCAUUACUCCUUCGCCUGUGCGAAAGGACCCUUCGCCGAUCAUCCAGCGAGGUAUCAUCAGCGAUUUAGAGUCCGAUGUGAAUAGCAUCCUGUCAGGGCUGGGGUCAGACAUUCCAUCGUGGGUCGCCUCUGGAGUGCCCAACUUCUUCCAAGGAUUCCCGACCGGUGAUUCUGUCGUGAGCUCGCUUGGCUUGCAGAGCUCGGAAUUAGCCGCCCUGCCCACCAAUGUCUUGAACAUUGACCCUUAUGCGAACUGGACCAAGUCAGGCUGGAAUGUGCGCUUCCACGGCAAUGUUUACAAGCAGCCUAAUACCUCGCGAUCCGACUUGGACAAGCUCGCGAACGUUUUCCUAAUUGGCACCGACAUCCAGGAUUUGCCCGCCUCCCAACAGGACCAGGCUCGUAACUUGACCGCAGAGAUUUUUGUCGUUCAGCAGGGUGAUGUUGCUGUCAACACCAUUCAUCUUGAGCCCUCGCCGUCGCAAGGUGCCAGUGGCCAGCCCGGAGGUGGCGGCUCGUCGAACACGACCGGCGGCUCGCAGUCCCUAACCUUGCCCUAUAACACUACGGCCGAGGGUGAUUUUGACGUCUUUGUGCCUAUCAAGGGCAACGGCCUCGAUGCAGGCAACGAAACCUCGGCGAUUCAGAGGCUCAACACCCAUGUGGAGGGCGCUUCACUGGGAAAUUCCACUGCCUACCUGGUGCCCCCGACCGGAUUGACGGUCAUCUCUGACAUUGACGAUAUCUUGCGAGUCACUAAAAUUUACGAACCCAAGGAAGGUCUCCUGAAUUCGUUCGCCAAGCCAUUCACUCCUUGGGAGAACAUGCCUGACAUUUACCGCAACUGGUCCAUCAGUUUGCCGAAUAUGCACUUUCACUACUUGACAACCACUCCUGAACAGGUCACGAGGAACUAUAUGCAGUUCAUCUACAGCACAUACCCCGGUGGUUCAUUCGACACGCGGCCCUUGAACUUCAGUGAUGUUUCCGCUACCCUCUCGAUUCGAAAGUUUUUACUGAAGAAAAUAUUCGAAACAUUCCCACAACGCAAGUUCAUCUUGGUAGCGGACACCAGUAACAGCGACGUGAUGAAAGAUUAUCCAGAGAUGGUGACAGACUUCCCCGGCCAAGUGCAGUGCAUCUUCUUGCGCAACACUUCCGCCACGGACUCUGGCGACAAGUUCCCUUACGAUACCUCUGGGUUCAAGAAUAUUUCUCAGAAUCAGUACAUGUUCUUUAAACAUCCUGACGAUCUGACCAAUUUGGACAUUGCCAACGGACAAUGCUACAAUCAGUCUAUCCCCCAGAACCUGACGUACAGUUACCAGGGUCUGCCCUUUGGGUUGGGGAAGGACAACAUGGCGGGUCACCACUCUGUGGGUGUUGGAAACCUCUGGGCAUUGGUCGCUUCGAUUUUUAUUGCUGCAGUUCUGUUCUCUUAG